AUGCAAAUACUCACCACCGCCAUCCUCGCUACCUCCAUAGCCACCUCCACCCUCGCCAUCGGCAAUGCUAAGGUCAUCAACAAUUGCGCCGACAAUAUCUAUCUCUGGUCUGUCAGCAGCACGCAAGGGGCCAUGCAAACCAUCUCCAAAGGCGCCAGUUACAGCGAACCCUUCCACACCGACAACAAGACCGGUGGGAUCGCGCUCAGGAUCACGCGCUUCACCGAUGGCCUUUUCAACGGCAGGCCCCAGACAACGCUCUCCUAUUCACUCGAUGGCAACAACAUCUGGUAUGAUUUAUCUGAUGCCUUUGGAGAUGCGUUCUCAGGUAGCAAGUUGGAGGUCGUGGCGAGUGAUGCUGCAUGUCCGAAAAUCACUUGGGCGCAAGGUGUGAGCCCGGGUGGGAGCCAGACGAAGGUGUGUCAGGCGAACAGCGAUGUCGCGCUUACGACCUGUGCUUGA